CAAGUUCACCCACCUCCCUCUUUUUUUCUUCCUAUCUAAUCUAAUCUUUCAAAUAUCUCUCCCUAAUAAAAACCUCUCUUAUUCUUAUUUUCUCUUUAGAAUAGAAUCCUCUUCUAUUCACAUAUCUCAUACUCACAAAUAACUAAAAAAAACACAUAGCAAAGGAGAGAAAAAGAUGUUCUCAAACUUUCAACAACAGCAACACCACAACCUUUUUCAAUCCCCUCGUGAAUGCCAAACCUCAGAAGACGAUGAAAGCCGAGGCAGCGGUGGCCCCGGCACAUUAACAGCCCACAAACCUUUCUCCGCAAUAAGCGGAAGCAGCGACGGUGCUACUAUUGAGAUUGGCCGUAGGCCCAGAGGCCGUCCACCGGGGUCCAAGAACAAGCCCAAAUCCCCUCUCAUAAUUACUCACGACCCCGAGCCCGCGAUGAGCCCACACAUUCUUGAAAUCCCAGGAGGCAGCGAUAUCGUUGAAGCAAUAGCCCGGUUCAGUAACAGAAGAAAAACCGGACUAUGCAUAUUAACCGGUUCAGGUGCAGUCGCUAAUGUUACACUCCGUCAACCUUCUGCUCCUCCAGGAACCACCGUUAUUUUUCACGGCCGUUUCAAUAUUCUCUCUAUAUCCGCCACGUUCUUCGUCCCAUCAGAAUCCUCACCGUCGGUGCAUAAAGAAUUCUCGAUCUCCCUCGCCGGACCUCAGGGUCAGAUUAUCGGAGGGUUUGUUGUUGGAAGGUUGCUAGCUGCCGGUACGGUGUUUGUGAUUGCUGCUUCGUUUAAUAACCCUACUUAUCAUAGGCUACCUUUGGAAGAGGAUGUUCAGAAUAACUCAGUUUCCGGCGGUUGUGAUGAGAAGUCGCCGCUUAUGUCCGGUGGUGAGUCGUGUAUGUAUAGCUGUCAACUUCCAUCGGAUGUGAUUUGGGCUCCAACGCCAAGAGUGCAUUUCUGAGUUCCGAUGAAUAAUGAUUUUUUGUUGUUAUUUGAGUUUGUAUUAUGUGUGGUAUUUGGUUUUAGUUGUAAUGGUUUUGUAGAAAUUAGAUGCUAAUUACUACUAUGAUGUAGAGUUUAUUUUCUAUUUUUAUUUUAGUUUUUGAUUUUGUAUUUGGAUUUUUGUUUUUGUUGUGUUGCACUUAAUUGAGAAGAAAGCAAAGUCAGAUAUGUUUUUCUUUCUCAAGAACAAGAUAAUUCAGCUUAUGCCUAAUUUUUAAA